ACAUUGUUUCACUGCUUAUUCGGUCCCAUUCCUGGUCGAUCAUCAUACCAGGGCGUCCUGCAUAUUGCCAUAUAUUCUGUUGUAACCCUCCUUCCAACUUGCAUAAGAGUUACAGAUCUCUUGGAACAUAUUUGACCUCGUCUUGGCUGUGAUAAGCUUUGCUUGGCUGUUUCUAUGUCUUUUGGAUCCAGCAUCAAUCUGUCGCUUGUGUAUUGAAACAUGCUCUUAGGCCGGCAGACUGCGCCCCUUGAUGGUGCUCGCGGUCGCCAUCAUGCAUUAUCCAAGACCUUGGCGGGCUGGCGGCAGCGUGAGAGCAAGAAUAGGAGCCCAGUGCCUUCGCCUCUUCCUUCGCCGACGUGCGAGGAGAGUAUUCAUUAUCCAGUAUUUAACCCGCACGACCCUCGACACAACCCAUCUGCGACGUCAACAUGGGUGCAAACCGGCUACUGGUCCCACAUGUCGUCCUCACAGCGUUCGAUCCGCUGGGUACAGAGCCUACCUGGACGAUCCAUUCGAAAGGCAAGAUCAGGCUUGUCCAACCUGAGAACCGGAAUCUACAGACGCUCCAUCCCAUCAGACUCCGCUUCCCGUGGUGACUUGGAUGACGUUUGUUCUCUGCCCGAGUCAGUAGAGGCCUGUUUCGAUAAUCCAGAACGUCACUUCCCAGACACCAUCUCCGAAGCUAGCACGGAACAUGAUUCGGAGUUUGGAGCCGAGCUUCAUCGGGCCUGUCCCUCCUUGAUAUGGGAAGCCGCCGAAGACGCCUGCGAAGGCUCAUCUACGCCAUUGUCGGAUAUCGUUGGACACCGCAGGCUAGACGGCACACCGGGCACUUCCUCAAUACUUCUCUCAGAUACAAUACCGUGUAAACUUUCCAAUGAAACCUUCCUGUUCGGAUCUCUGUUACCAGAAACGGCUUCGCAACGGCCGAGACAGGCGGACUACUCGGGCUUUGGGAGACUGGGCUAUGCUCUGGGAGCAGCAUCAUCUAACCAAUCUCUCGGCUCGAGGGCUCCGCAAAUCGGAGAGAUCAGACUCAACCUGAAGCCCCUCCGUCUUUUCGACCACUCGGCUGCCGAAAGUAGCUCAUACUCCUGUCUGGAUGAAUCCGAGAAUAAGCCUCCAGAUGAACAACACCCUUCUUCGUUCUACAAUGGAGAUAUCCCAAUGAGCACCCAAAUAUUUCAUAGCCAGCCGCUUAGCAGUAAUGAUCAUCAGAGAAGAGAUAAUGACAUGGUCAAUACGCCCGAGCAACCCGAUGACGCCGAGAAAGAAAGCCUUCUUAGCGACAUGCAGCCCAUUUCAAAUCUGGCUGGCCUCCCACCGGUUCAGUCCACCAAGCAACACGGGCUGAACCCAAAUGUCCACAAGCCCCCGCCUCUAAGUUUAUGUCUCGAUGAAGAUAGCAACCAUUCUCCCUGGAGCGAACGAUGCUCCCCCACAGAGGACGGUGACUAUUUGUCAGCAAAGUCAACUCAAGACGGUUACUGUAUCGUGCACAGCCCUGCCGAGGGAGAUCGGUCAAAGGGAUUUCAUGGUUCAUUUCAAACAAGGAGAAACUUCAGCAUCCACGGCAAUCCAGGCUUUGGAUGCGAGCUGACUCAAAAAAAUCAGGCUGUUCCAGAAAUCGUGGGGCCGGGUUGGCAUCUCCGAGCUCGCGCUGUACGACUGAAGAAUCGUAUGAAAAGAGAGAGCAAAGGUAGUCUCUCGAGCCACGAACGCCUGCAUAGCUAUUCCCGGCUCUCUCAACAUUUCCAUUCAUAAGCUCGAUCGGCUCAUCUUAUGGCAGCCGAAGGCAACGUGAUACCAAUCAAUGAGUGAUACGCAGUGAUAUUGAUACUACCCACGUACUUAUAUAGUUUUAUUCUUACAUGCUGGUGAUGCCACCGCCAUGGUGUCCGGACAUUCCUUGA